GAAUUCUCAAGAAUAAACAUACAACAUACUCAAGAAUAAACAUACAAUUUCACAAUGAAUCGUUGGAUGAAUCGUGUCGCCGUAGUGAGUGGAUCAAGCUCCGGGAUUGGAGCUGCCUGCUGCAAGGAUUUGGUAGCCAAGGGUAUGGUCGUAGUUGGCCUGGCUCGUCGCGAGGAACGUCUUCAGGAGCUAAAGGCAUCGCUACCAAAAGAUCAGCAAUCGAGGUUCCAUGCCCGAAAGUGUGACGUCAGCGUUGAGCAGCAGGUUGUUGACACAUUCGCUUGGGUCGACCAGACUCUGGGAGGAGCUGAUGUCUUGGUAAACAAUGCCGGCAUCCUUGGUAAAUUAGACAUUACCGAUCCAGACAACGCUGCCGAUCUUCGAGCUGUCUUGGACACCAAUGUGCUUGGAGUUUCGUGGUGCACACGCGAGGCUUUCCUUUCGCAGCAGCGCCGCAACGUCAACGAUGGCCAUGUUGUGAUCAUCAACAGCAUUGUGGGCCAUAAAAUUCCAGUGACGCCUGGCGUUGGCUUAAAAAUGUAUGCUCCUUCUAAGUAUGCCGUCACCGCACUCACCGAGAUACUGCGACAGGAGUUUCAGCUAAAGAAAACGCAGACGAAGAUAACUAGCAUUAGCCCAGGUGUUGUCGACACAGAGAUCAUUGAUGACAAAAUCAAGGAAGCAAUGCCCAUGCUGCGGGCUCAGGAUAUCGCAGAUGCGGUGACCUAUUGCAUUCAGACUCCGCCUAAUGUGCAGAUCCAUGAGCUAACAAUCAAGCCAGUUGGCGAAAUGUUUUGAUGGAUACUCGAAGCUGCUGUCGACUAUUAUUGUGGGUGACACAGGGGACGGAGUAUUGAUUGGUUUUAAAAGGAAUUUGUUUGGUAAAUAAAAACAUAUUUAAUCCAUUA